GCAGAUGUCAGACAUCGGUAACACUCUCACCCACCACGCCCUGCCAUAAACAUGUAUUGUGACGUAGGUGUUGGGUUUACCUACAGUUAGUGUUUACCCGAAGUAGUGUUGUGGUGUGCAGUGGACUUAAACGACAAAAUGAAAGCGUCGUUAUAAAUCUUCUCAUCUUUGAAGCUUAUGAAAUGGGAAAGAAUUUGGUUUGAGAAAUUUAUCUUCUCUGUUGUGCUGUGCGAAUAACUAUUUGAUAGUUGAUUUGUGAAGCGAGUGUUCUAGAUAAUACUGUUUAUUUUUCGCCAUUGGUUUCUAUAAGAAAAUAUAAUCAUCUAAAUAUCUUGUAUGCAGUAUACAUGAAAAAAUGAUGGAAAAAUAAUUUAAAAAGGUAUAAAGAUGGGAUGACGAAGAAAAAUUCGCAUUUAAGUCUAUUUACGAAUAGUGAAUAGUGAAAAACAACAAAAGCAAGAUCAACAACAGUAACAAACCAGGCGGCAACACGAAAGAUUUCUUUAUUGUUAACAUCUCUUGUACAACACUAACACCUGCUCCCGUCGUCAUACCAAACAUACUUUCCAAUAUACCUGUUACAGCAGUACCGUGUUCCUUCUUUUUUCUUUCUUUCUUUUUUUUCUUUUCUUUUCUUUUUUGUAUCGGUAUAAUAACAGUUGCCAACAUGAAAAAGGAAGAAUUGCUUUUGGAAGAUAGUGGAGAUGCAGACGACUACAAGUACGACCCAAGAUAUCCUUACGACUUUGGGAGUCGCCCUGACUAUGGGAGUCGCCACAGCUCACUUCGCAGCAAGAACCGAGUCGUCUUCGUGGAGCCUGACGAAGAGAGCGUCUCCAGCCAGUUCUGGGAUUCGAACCCUUGGCUGGAAGAACUCAUUGCUUUGGUGAAGGAGAGAGGACCUACGGUAUUAGUAGUGUUAAUGCUGGGAGGUCUGGGCAUCUUCUGUACCCUCGCGGGAUGGUGGCUGCUGGCAGUGGCCGGCGCCCUCAACUACCUCGGGGGGAUCAUUGUGCAAGGGGUCGUGCUGCCUGUGGUUGGACUUAUCCUGCUGAUGAUGUCUAUGAUGGUCUUCCGCACCAACUGGUCGUCUUUUAAGAAGGAACCCGAGGGCGUGUCCGAAGUCUUCGACGCAGAUCCCACAAUACUAAACAAAGCCAUCGUCAGGCCAAGCUGCCUGGUGAACAGCGACGCCAAAUUCCCGAAGCCAAGCCAGAUGACGGAUGACAUGAAAUUCCAGGACGUGAAGCUCCCUAUACGUAAUUGGGAGGCAGAUACCUAGCGACCCAGAAAGGGAGGCCGCUGAGCGUAUUUUGACUGGUUUUAUUACUUUUUUUUUUGCUGUUUCUCUGCUUUUCUUUUCCUUUUCUUGGUCUGUGUGUUAAUAGGUGUCUCUGUGUAUGUUGAUUGCCUGUAAUUAUUAUUUUCUUUCAAACUUUUUUUCUCUUCUUUUAUGUAAGAGAACUUUCUCUCCUCCUCCCCUUUCCCUGACAAAUCUCUCUCUCUUUCUCUCUCUUCUCUUGUUCUUCCCACUUUUUCAUCUCUCCAUUUUCUUGCUUUUAAAGAAUGAUUACUGUUAGCUGCUAAGGAAAAAAAUUGUCUUUCACAUUUUAAGUGUAAAUGUAAUGUAAAAAGUACAAAACUCGAUAUUUGUAAAAUUCAUAAGCCUGUGAAACAAGGUUGUGCAUUUUACAAAUAUUGUGGUGUGAGGAUUGUAAUGAAAGAAAUAACAUAUAUUUGUAUAUAAAACAUAGUUCAUUUAAGAAUCCAUAAUGACAAAUAUAUAUCUUACUCUCGUUUUGCUUCCUAUAAGCAAAACUGAUAAUACAAAUGGCUACAAAAAACAUAUUUUUAUAGCUUAUUUUCUGAAAGUGAAAAAAUACAUUAUUGUAGAGCGCAGUGAUAUAUGCUGGUUUGUAUACACACACACACACACACACACACAC